CAGUGGGACAGGGUGGCUGAUUGAUACAUCAGAGGUUCCCUUCCCAGGCCCGGCCCAGGCUUUCACCAUGCCCACCUACUCCCCUGAAUCGAUUUUAGAAUACUUUGAGUACGAUGAGUCUGCUGAAGCCUGUGAUUUGGGGGACAUCGUGGCCAUUGGGACUGUCUUCCUGUCCAUACUCUACUCCCUUGUCUUUGCCUUUGGGCUGCUGGGAAAUUUGCUGGUGGUGUUUGCCCUCACCAACAGCCAGAAGCCCAGGAGUAUCACCGACAUUUACCUCCUGAACCUGGCUUUAUCUGAUCUGCUCUUUGUGGCCACCUUACCCUUCUGGACUCACUACCUGAUGAGUGAACAAGGCUUUCACAAUGCUGUGUGCAAACUCACCACCGCAUUCUUCUUCAUUGGCUUUUUUGGAGGUAUAUUCUUCAUCACUGUGAUCAGCAUUGAUAGGUACCUGGCCAUUGUCCUGGCAGCCAACUCCAUGAACAACCGGACUGUGCAGCAUGGCGUCACCAUCAGUCUCGGUGUCUGGGCAGCAGCUAUCUUGGUGGCAACGCCUCAGUUCAUGUUCACGAAACAAAAAGCAAAUGAAUGCCUUGGUGACUACCCUGAGGUCUUGCAGGAACUCUGGCCUGUGCUCCGCAAUGUGGAAGCGAAUUUGCUUGGCUUCCUGCUCCCCCUGCUCAUUAUGAGUUACUGUUACUUCAGAAUCAUGCGGACACUGUUUUCCUGUAAGAACCACAAGAAAGCCAAAGCCAUCAAACUGAUAUUUCUGGUGGUCAUCGUGUUUUUCCUCUUCUGGACACCCUACAACAUCAUGAUUUUCUUAGAGACACUUAAUCUCUAUGACUUCUUUCCCAAUUGUGACAUGAAGAGGGAUCUAAGGUUGGCCCUCAGUGUGACUGAGACAAUCGCAUUUACCCACUGUUGCCUCAAUCCCUUUAUCUAUGCAUUUGCUGGAGAGAAGUUCAGGAGAUAUCUUUACCACUUGUAUAGGAAAUGUCUGGCUGUCCUGUGUGGGCAUCCUGUCCAUGUCAGUUUCUCCCGGACUGAAUCACAAACAAGCAGGCGGGAAAGCAUACUAAGCAGCAAUUUUACUCACCACACCAGUGAUGGAGAUGGGUCCAUCCUUCUCUGAAGAGAUACCAAAGCCUUGUCCCCACAGAGAGCCCAGAGUUCCUGAGCCUGACACUGAAUAGUGAGGACAGACCUUUUUUGUUUCUUAUAUAUAAGAGAUGAUGAACCGAAUGCCCAAAAACAAUCCUAAAGCAUUUUUUAGAAUUCUGCCCAAAAUUUGACUGAUAAAGAGUAGGCAUGUCCCUAACAGCAAAUAUUAGAGCUUUUUGUUUGCAAAUGACAAAGAUUAAACUCAGACCAGCUUAGCUAAAGAGGAGGUGGGGAGUAUUAUUCACAUGGUGGUAUGAGCAAGAGAGUGGCUAAGCCCUCAAAGUAGAAACUAGAACUUGCGUUCAGCUAGAAUUUCCUCUCUCUGAGGCUCUCAAAUCUCUGAGUGGUGACAGAGCUUCCAGACUCAGCUUAGCUAAUAGUGAGAGACUGGUCCCAAGGUUAAAAUUCCCAGGGAAGGGCUCUCAUUGGCCAGAUUUGAAUCAGAUGUCCAUCCCUGGACCAGGCUGUAUCCACAGAGAGACAGUAGAUAAGAUGGCAACUUCCAUUCCAAUCUCAUGGUUAGAGAUGCAGGAAGACAUAUCUCUAAGAAACUCAAGGGGCAGGUAUUGUUCUGACCUGCCAGAACGAGAGAUGCCCACCAACUUUACCAUGUGUCUGGCCCAGUCUCCUCACUGAUCACACCAGCCAGCACAUGCUACCAGCCUCCUCUUCCUUAAACUCUUUUCUAUCAUACCCCAAACCUACAAUGGUCACCCAGUGCCUACUGCUUCAAAUCUGAGACCCUCCAUCAUACCACCCUCCAGUUGGUGAGUCACACCAACAGGUUCCCCAUUUCUUUCCAUUCCCCAAAUAUCCAGCCUCUCAGCCAUCCAGGUCUCUUCCAUCCAGCCUUAUGCAUCAUCAGGCCCAGGGAGACAUAUAGAAAGAACCCUGGCCCAGACUGAGCCAGGAUGGUUUCCAAUUCCAGCUCAUUACUUGCCUGCUGGGUAGCUUGGGUCCGGCCCAGCCUCAGCUUCCUCAUCUGUAGGAUGGAGACAAUGGUACUUUUCAUAUAGGGAAUAUCCUUUCCAGCAUGAGGAACCAACUACCAACUCUUGCAGGUCUCAACUCUCUUAUCUGGGAACCAGACUUUGGCUUUCCACCCACCUGGCACAGUGCUAAAGGAGCAGUGUUGACAGAGCCUUGACUCUGCUCUUUGAUGUAGCUCAAAUACAGAGAAGGCUGGUUCCUACAGUGGCACUCAAUGGACACUCCUACAAAUAUAGAUUGAUAGUCUUCCCUGACCAAGUCCUCCAGUUGCUUUGAAUAUGCCUUUCCAAUUGCUUCAUGGCAGGCCCUGCCCAUCUAGAGAGCCCCUGCCCCAUCAUUUAUGGGCCCUGCCCAACCUGGAGAGCCAGGGUCCCAGGAGCAGCUUUCCCCCACCGCCUUUUCAGUAAACAUUUGGGUUGGUCUAAUACUUUAGAGCUUGAAAAAGCAAUUGUAAUAACGCUAAAGAGAAUGUCAUCUAUAACCUAACCAUGCAAUACCUUCAUUUGCCCACCCAGAACAUGUUCACACUUUCACACUGUUUAGAUUUGAAAGCAUCAUGUACAGAUUGUUUUGUAAUCUGCUAUUUUUCUCUUAAUGUUAGGCCACAAAUAGUUCUGUUUCUGUAUAGUUUUGUAAUGAUCCCUCUAGAAGGAUGUGCCAGGUUGUGUACUUGUUGAAGGCAUCUGACUCAUUGCUGUAUUUCUGACAUCUCCUUGGCAGUCAAUAUGUUGGUUUAAUCAAUGAGAAUGAAUCAUGUUCCAUCAAGAUCGUGUACUAUAAUUUACUCACCAUUAUGCUUGUUCCACUAUUUAGCAAAUACAUAUUUUACGGCACUUCUA